AUGAGCAGACUUUCUGAACCUGCUCAACCCCGCUGUUCGAAUCCGGGUGGGACCGGAGAUUGUGAUUUAGAUGGAGAGGUUAUUGGUUCAGUUCCUGGUACGAGUACUGAAUUUGCAUGUCUCUGCGGACAGAAAUAUGCCAGUCAGCGAAGCUUGUCACAGCACAAGCGGCAUAGGCAUCCUGAUGAGCUGAAUGCGGAACGCCUGGAAGAGUUGCCGCGACGGAAAGGUGAAUGGAGUAAAGUAGAGUGCUUGCUACGUUAUGCUGAAGGAUUGUGGACCACUGGUGUCCAAAAACAACAGAUGUACGAACAACUGACCUCAGUUUUUCCGGGACGGUCAGCGGAGGGGAUUAAGAAGCAACUGAGGAAGAUGAGCUGGCGACUUGAACCAUACAAGAAGUCGGCCAAGGGUGGUACCAAACGGAAGGCACACGAAAGUUCUCCAGUCGAAGUGGAUGACUUAGGGAGGGUGGCCAAGAGGACCAAAAUCCGAACGCCUUUAGGAUCUCCUCUAGCCUCGGAAAAGCCUAGUCACGCCAUGGACUUUGGCGGAUCCCCUCUGGUGUAGGACCCGUCGAACUCUUGACCUUUCCGGCAUUGAUGGACAUUGAGUUUGCUG